AUGCUAUAUGCAACUAAUAGGAGAUAUAUAUGUGUUUUUGGUGCCUUAAAAAGGGCUCAUUUCCUAAUUGAAUCUACUAAUGGUGAUGCUGUAGUAACUCAUGGAGACUUUACUUUUUUAUUCAACACUCUUACAUUGAAAUCUUCAGGGAAAUCUCCUGAGUCGAGAUUUUGGCAUUAUUUCUUUUAUGAUUGCUAUCUAACAGAUGAAUUACGACGAGUGAGAUCAAUAAGUGAUAAAGAAGUUCAAUCUUGGCAUAUAGUUACACCACCUUCUAGUUGGAAUUAUAUUUCAUCAACAAUAUAUCCAAAAAAUAUUAAAGUUGAAAAAAUAAAAUCAUUAUUCACUGAAUAUAAUGAAGAAUUUCUAAUUAAAGAUUUUUCUGGAGGUGAGCCUUCAGUUCAAAUAUCUCUUAAUAAUAGACCUCAAGGUAUUAUUUUUACUUCAUCCAAUCUUUUUAUAGGAGUUGUACUUCCACCUAAUAUGAAUUAUACUAUUAAUAUAUCAAUUGGUAUGAUAUAUGCAUCAAAUGGUAAUACCUUCUAUAUACCUAAUGGCCUUUUUUCUGAUACUUAUAUUAGAUAUUAUACUAAUUCUCCAUGGGGAUAUAAAGUUUCCUUUAACAAAGAUUUAGAUGAGGUCAUUAUCUUUGUUAAAGAUAGAAUGAAAUAUGGUGGAUCAACUACAAAAUUAGCUGAUGGUUCAUCUAUACCUGAUACUAAACCAACUGAACAACCACAAACUGGUGAACCAUCUACAUCUGAUACUAAACCAAUUGAACAACCACAAACUGGUGAACCAUCUACAUCUGAUACUAAACCAAUUGAACAACCACAAACUGGUGAACCAUCAGAAUUACCUAAUCAGAAAGAUCAAUCUUCAAAAUCUUUUUUAUAUUCUCUUUGGGAAAAAUUCAGAAUGUUAUUUUUGUGUAAAAAUUGCUGA